CAAACCCGCACGACGUCUGAUAACACAAUACGUCUCGAACCUCCAGCUGUCAAUCAAGAUAAAUGGUCCCUUUAAAACCCCUAUCAGGUCCGAGGUAUCUUCACAUUCGGAUUCUGCUCGCUUUCAGUCGCGAUCGGACAGCGCAUCUGGAGCGUAAAGGCACGCGCACACUUGUCGCUCCGUGCACGAGGAGUUUAUUCUUUGACUCGCGAGAAAUAAACGUAGGGCUACGCAAAAUGCCGAGGCGCACGUAAACUGCGCGGGAUUACAUUGUAUGUCUGUUAUUGAGCGUGCGUCAGCGUUUCAAAACUCUUAUAAAUAAGAGUAAAGGUGAUCGCUGCGAGCAAGGAUUCAAUUAGUCGACCAAUUGUUCCGGGCGAGAGCUGAGAUAAGCGCUUACUGACACUGAAAUGGAUCUGAAAGCGCUGGGCUGUGUGCUGAUAUUGCCCAUUCACAUAGUCUACUGUAUUGUCAGGGCGACCGUGUGCUGGUUCUUGCCGAGCAGGCGGAGAGAUCUGACCGGAGAUGUGGUGCUUAUCACGGGUGGCGGACGGGGCAUCGGGCGUCACCUGGCUGUGGAGUUCGCUAAGCGUGGCGCUAAAAAGCUAAUCCUGUGGGGUCGAACGGAAAAAUGCCUGAAGGAGGCAUGCGAAGAGAUCGCCAUGAUGGGAACAGAGUGCCAUUAUUUUGUUUGCGAUGUGGCCAACAGGGAAGAAGUUUACAAGCAAGCAAAGGUUGUGAGAGAAAAGGUGGGAGAUGUUACUAUCCUAGUGAAUAAUGCUGCAGUUGUACACGGGAAGAGUUUGCUGGACAGUGAUGAUGAUGCACUUUUGAAGACACAGCAUAUCAACACACUGGGGCAGUUUUGGACAACAAAAGCAUUCCUGCCUCGUAUGCUGGAACUGCAAAACGGCCAUGUUGUGUGCCUCAACUCCAUCCUAUCUCUGUCACCUAUUCCUGGUGCAAUAGACUACUGCACUUCAAAAUCAUCCUCACUGGCCUUUAUGGAAAGCCUCACGUUGGGUUUGCUGGACUGUCCUGGUGUGGGCUGCACCACUGUCCUCCCAUUCCACACCAACACUGAAAUGUUUCAGGGCAUGAGAGUCAGGUUUCCCAAACUCUUCCCUCCUCUAAAACCAGAGGUGGUGGCCCAGAGGACGGUGGAUGCCGUCCGAACAAACACACCAUUUGUUUACCUUCCCUGGACGAUGAAUGUUCUUGUAAUCCUCAAAAGUGUCCUUCCAGAAAGUGCCCUUAAAGAAAUCCAUAAAUUCUCAGGAACCUACACCUGCAUGAAUACUUUCAAGGGACGGACAUGAGAGGACAUAACGAUGCCACGGGAGUUCAAGUGUUACAUUUUUUCAAUCAAACUUUUUUAUAGCUGAACAAUCACAAUGGAGUGAAAAUGAGGCAUUUCUGGAGUAUCCCGGGGCAAUGGGUAGAAAAAAGGAUACUAUGACGCACAUGAUGCCUCAUUUCAAGAACAUUUGCGGGUCGCCUUUGACCUUUGUGCGGUUGGAUCAGCACAGUAUGCACAUGAAGCCUCAACCAGCCGCUGUACUGUAUAUGUACUUUAACGUUUUUAAAGAUUACCUUUUAACUACUGUCACUGUAAAUUCAGCAUCUGAAUAAAAUGCAGUUUUAAGCACCUAUUCUAGGGCUCAAAAAGCAAAUAUGUGGUCAGACUGAGCAGAUUAGCUUACAACAGACAUCAUGACGCAUCAUGUCAUCGUGCAUUCUUUUGGGGUUGAAUGCGGUAAAUGGUUCUUCAGCGCUCCAAACUUCCCAACACAACCCAGACCUGACCUGGCUCUCGAGCACGUAGUCUGGCUCGUUCCUGCUGUCAGAAACAUUUAGAGUAAAAAUGAAAGAAGUCAGAUAUGCUUUACGUCUUUUUGUCUUGGUCUGUUCUCUUUUGAGAAGCUUGGUUUAUUUUCAAAGCUCAAGUUACUGCAUUGCAGAUCUCUUUUACUUUCCGUUGGAGGUUUGGCCUGAUUGUAACAGUGCUUUCAAAAGUUUGGACUUUGUUCUGAGAACAAAGUUGCAGGGAGACCAGUAAAAAAAAAAUCAUAGUGUUUUAGUGGGAUGUUUUAUGGCAAGCUGGAAAUAUUUAACCACAAAAUCUAUCCCACCAUUGCUAUUGCAUUAUGUGAAAAAAUAAACGUGUGCCUUUCAGUGAAGUAUUGUAUUGUGCUCUUAUGUGCAGUUAACCGGAGAAUAAACCUGAGAUGAAAGUAUUUACUAGAUAGCAAAUUCUGUAUUUAAUUCAAGUACGUCCAUAUUUUCCAAUAUCUGAUAAUGUAUAAAAUCAUGUCCCAUCCACUCACAUUACGCAAAUAAAAUAAAUU